AUGGAAUGCAUAAAUGGAGAGGAUAUAUAUAAUUGGGGUAAAAUAAAGAGGGUGGAUAUUAAAUGUAGUGUGGGUAUAGGAGGAAAUCUAGUAGAUAUAUAUGAUGAGGAGAUACUUAAAGAAGUGAAGAAAUGGUAUGGGAUUAAGGAUCCACGUAUAUGUGAUAAAUGGAGAGGUAAUUUGGGAGUGGUAAGUGCUGUAUUAAUAACUAAUAGUAAUGAAUUGGAUCCAUCCUUAAUCCCUGCUAACAUUAUGCUAGAGAACGUUCCAGGUAGAAGAUUACAAAUUAUUUGGCCUAUGAUUCCACAAGACCUAAGUGAAGAAGCCCCGGUAGAAUGUGAUAGUAGAACAAAUGCAGAGGACGGAGGGAAUAUACGGGGUAGUUAUUCUAUAGCUGGGGAACCAGCAACAGACAUUCCUAGAGGGGAAGAUGGUACUGAACAGAAUGUAGAUGCAGUAAUGGACAAAGUAGUUAGUCAUUUUGAACGAUGGCACUACGAGGGAGGAUAUAGAAGGUUAAGAAUAUUUUCUGGAAUUAUGCCAGUACCAGCGGGGGAGGAAAAUUAUGAUACCUGGAAGGAAACAGCUACCCAACAGUCGGAAGAAUGGAGAUGCCCCGAGCUUAUAAAAAAACAAAGGAUCGUUGAGAGUUUGAGGGGUCCAGCUAUGGGCAUUAUACAUGCUACCAGAAGAAGUAAUCCAAGUUCCACUUUAAGAGAUUACUUUGAGGCUUUAGAUUUGUCAUUCGGAACAUUAGAGGAUGUUGGUUACAUUCUAGCAAGAUUAAAUCAUACAUAUCAAGAACCCAACGAGUCUCUUACUAAAUACAUAUAUAGAAUAAAUAAAAUCCUAUAUAAAUUAUUGGACAAAGGGGGAAUGGAAGCCAAGGAUAUAGAUGAAUGGAGGAUGAAACAUCUUCUUCGAGGAGCUCUUACAAGUAACCCAGUAGCACAGAGACUUAGAUGUAGUAUGGCCAGGAGUCCCCCUUUCACGCUAGGAGAAUUAAUUAAGGAGGUGAAAUUGGAGGAAGUACAAAUUGAAAAUAGAGAAAAAAGUUUGAAACAUGUUAAAGUGGUAUUACCCACAGCUGAAAACAAUUUAGCUUCUGAAAAAUUAUAUAAAUUAAUGGAAGAACAAAAUAAAAAACUAGAUCAAUUAAUUACCCUCCAAACCACUCUCUCUGCCUCAUCUGAUCUAAUGCCCAUGGGAAGAGGAAGGGGAGUUAGUAGAAGAAAUGAUAAUAGGGGUAAUUAUAACAAUUUAACUUGUUAUAAUUGUGGACGGAUUGGUCAUCGAGCUUUUGAAUGUGUUCAUGGAGGAAGUACACGAAGAAACAACUCUAGGGUAGAAAGAUCUUCAACACCGACGGAAAACUCCAACGGGACGCCGAUGAACCCCGCAUCGACGCCCAACUUAUAA